UUAAUUAAUUAGAGAGAGAGAAUUAUGGAGGAGGAGAAGGUUAUUAGGGCUUUGUACCACAAGCACCCUUUAAUUCUAAAAGAGAAUGUGAGUAUGGAAGAGAGAGUAGAUUGCUAUGGUUGUGGCAAUCCCGUAGGUAAUUUAGAGAAAGCAUAUGUAUGUAUGGAACAACAUUGUAGCUCUAGAAAUCGAAGAAUCAUCCUUCACAGAAAGUGUGGAGAAUUGCCUAACCAAAUUAGGCACCCCAAGCAUCCCAACCACCCCAUUCACCUAUUCGAUUUCCACCAAUCCAAGUGGCACCUCUGCUACGUCUGCCGGCGAGAUCUCGACAACGUGCUCGGCUACCGCUGCUCUAGCUGCGACUUCGACGUGGACAUCACGUGCGAGAAGAUCGGCAUCGACGCCUUGUUGGAGGAGAGGAAGGAGGUGCAGCACCCGAGCCACCCGGAGCACCCUCUCACGCUCAUGAGGAAGCCCGCCUUCGCGUUUUACUGCGAUGGCUGCGGCGCCCAAGAUGUGGACAUGGCCUACAUAUGCAGCACCUGUGAGUAUAUGGUUCACAAGAGCUGCGCCGCCUUGCCCCUCAGGCGCCACUGCCACCACCACCACCACCACCUCUCCCUCGCCUUCUCCUUCCCCAAGAAGCAUCUCAAGUAUAACUACAAGUGUGAGGUUUGUGAUAAGCUUUUGGAUAGGACGUGUUGGGUGUAUUAUUGUGGCGAUUGCAGAUACUUUGUUCAUAUCAGAUGUCUUGGAUCUUCCAUCAAACCAGACCCUAACUCAAAUAUUGGAGACGAAGAUGUGCUUGAGUUUCCACUAUAUGCAAGCGACAUCUCCAACAAGCUACUCACACCUUUUGUCAUGAGAGAGAAAGGUGCUAACUACAUCCCAAACACUAGUAGUAGUAAUUCAAUAUUUAUAUUCAAAUAUCACGAGCACCCUUUGAGUUUAGUUAGGGAAGCUGCAGAAGAUAAACUAGUGAAGAUAUGCAACGUGUGCAUAACUCCCAUAUCUUCUCCUCCAUACUACAAGUGUGAUGUUGAUGCUUCUACUUGCUCAUAUUUCAUCCACUUCAUUUGCUGCUUCCUACCCAACACUCUACACUCAUCUCAACUAUACGGUGACUGCCAAGAAAUACCCAACAAAACCCACAUCUUCAGCCUCUACGCUGACGCCUCCAUAUCAAAUGCUGACAUCUCCUACUGGUACUGCAACCUCUGCGACCUCCCCACAAACGGGAUGGGCUACGAGUGCCAAUCCUGCAACAUGAAGAUAGACAUCAAGUGCGCCUCUCUCCCACCAACUAUCAGGCAUGCAUCCCACCCGGUGCACAAAACCCUAACUAGAAUCCCUCUUCAAGAAGCAGGGAGAAGGAACAAGUGCCACGGCUGCUACACGAGGUCCAAGAUCGCGUACCACUGCAGCAGCGGCGGCUGCGACUUCGCGUUGAAUCUGGAAUGCCUUCUGAUGCCGAUGAGCGUGAGGGAGGUGGAGUGGGACAAGAGGCACCCCUUGCUGCUCACCUUUGAUGCCUCCCUCGACCACCCCUCUGAUUUCUUCUGCGAGUUCUGUGAGAAGCAGAUGCAUCCCAAGUCGUGGAUGUAUCACUGCCGCAAAUGCGAUGUCUCCUUCCACCUUGUUUGCUUGAAGAAUGCGUCGGGCUGGUACAGAAACGUCAAAUUCGGGCGCCGCUUUCAGAUGGAUGGGAUUCACGCCAAUCACGCUCUCAAGUUUACGUAUGUGACUCUCAAGAGAAGGUGUGAUCUGUGUGAGCAGCGAGUGUAUACGGAUUCUGGGUUUGAAUGCGCCGAUUGCUACUAUGUUGUGUGUCAGGAUUGCGGAGCUCAAGAGUUGGAAAGGAUUGCAUCACUUUCUUGAAUUCGCUUUUUCUUUUUUAUAAAACAAAGGAAUACGUACCAUCGCCAUACAAUGCUUGCAUUAAUUAUUUUUUGUUUUGUUUUUGGGUGUUAUUAGUUUGAAUUGUAUUCAGUGUUCCAUCAUUUUGAGUGUGUUACGGUGUCUCUUAUCGUAUAUGAAAUAUGAUUUGCAAUAUGAUUCUUUAAC